AUGUUGGCCUAUAUAUUAACACGGAACCGAGCCGAGUCCAAGGCAUCGUUAACCAAGAAUUAUCACAACCAUGACUCAGAGGAUGCCGCGAGCGGCGCCGCAGCCAGCGCCAUCGCUGAAUCCUACAACGAACAGAUACGUCCGCUCCUGGACGCUGUGGACCGCCUCCGCCACCUCAAGGUCACGCAGGAGGGCAUCCAGCUUCCGACCAUCGUCGUCGUCGGCGACCAGUCUAGCGGCAAGUCGAGCGUGCUGGAGUCGCUUGCCGGCAUCAGCCUCCCUCGCGGCCAGGGCAUUUGCACCCGAGUGCCGCUCGUCAUGCGGCUUAAGGACGACCUUUCCGCGGAGGGCUCGCAGCCCGUGCUGCAGCUUGAGUACGGCAGCGGCCGCGUCGUCACCACCUCGGAGGCCAAGGUCGCCGACGCCAUCGACGAGGCAACCGCCGAGAUCGCCGGGUCUGGCAAGGGCAUCUCUGACGCCCCAAUCACCCUCGUCGUGCGGAAGCGCGGAGUGCCGGAUCUCACCCUCGUCGACCUGCCCGGCAUCACGCGCGUGCCCGUCAAGGGGCAGCCCGACGACAUCUACGACCAGGUAUCCAGGAUCAUCCAGGAGUACAUCGUGCCCAAGGAGAGCAUCAUCCUGAACGUGCUCUCCGCCACCGUCGACUUCCCGACGUGCGAGUCCAUUAGGAUGUCCCAGCAGGUGGACCGCAACGGCGAGCGCACGCUUGCCGUCGUCACCAAGUCCGACAGGGCCCCCGAGGGCCUGCUCGACAAGGUCACCAUGGACGACGUCAACAUCGGCCUCGGGUACGUCUGCGUCCGCAACCGCGUCGGCGACGAGACGUACGACCAGGCGCGCGCCGAGGAGGAGCGGCUGUUCAAGAAGCACCCGCUCCUGUCCAAGAUCGACAAGUCCAUGGUGGGCAUCCCCGUGCUGGCGCAGCGGCUCAUGCAGAUCUAG